AUGCGACUCCAGAGCUUCGAUCCGAACGCAAAGCCUCUCACCUCCUCGGCUAUCGUUUGCAAACUACUUCAAGUGUCCGCCAAGCAAAUGCUGAACAUUCUUGUUAUUUUGCAAAUACAAAGUUUGCUAGACAGCUUCCUCCCCUUCGACCUCGAAUCCACAUUCGUAUCUGCCCUAGUCCUCUUACUCGUACCCUUCGUCGACCCAUACCUCCUAGACGACUCGCAACCAUGGCUCCAAAAGGCAUACGAUGUCCUAGAUGAGAUGAUAUACCGGGGCAACCAAAUCGCCGCAUUUCGCAGAUCAGAUCUCGAGCAACUGCACGACUUGCUCAGAGAGUCAUCAGGGCAAUGUGACCGUCGCGAGGAGAUGAUCUCGCACAUGUCGUUGCUUUAUAGUGAGGAGAGUCAGAUUGGUGACGCCAAUGAUCUGACGACGGCUGAUAUUAUGACUGUUGCGGAGUCGAUUGGGUCUAUGGAUGUGGAUUGGAUGGUGCAUGCUGUUACGGAGAAUUGUAUUUGGUAA